GUGAGCACGUUUUUUGCAUAAACGCCACGAUGCAAAUUUUCGUUAAAACACUCACGGGUAAGACCAUCACCCUCGAGGUCGAACCCUCUGACACCAUCGAAAACGUCAAGGCUAAGAUCCAAGACAAGGAAGGGAUCCCCCCAGAUCAGCAAAGAUUGAUCUUCGCUGGAAAACAGCUCGAAGAUGGUCGAACUCUUUCCGACUACAAUAUUCAGAAGGAGUCCACCCUCCAUCUCGUCCUCAGAUUGAGGGGAGGUAUUAUCGACCCCUCUCUGCGUAUCCUUGCUCAGAAAUACAACUGCGACAAGAUGAUCUGCCGCAAGUGCUACGCCAGGUUGCACCCAAGGGCUACGAACUGCAGGAAGACCAAGUGUGGCCACACCAACAACUUGCGCCCCAAGAAGAAGCUGAAGUAGAUGAUGAUUUGUUGGAAUUUGCAUUUUCUAAAAUGACUUUAACAUCUGUAAACUUGGAUUUCAAUAGAAGUUCUUAAACAUUGA